AAGAAGACCCAGAAUAUCGAAAUACUCCCCUCAGAUCGCCUAUUCCGCUUCCAACAGCUCAGACGUGUCCUCGUUUGCCGACAAAUUCUUCUCAUCGUCGUGGCCAGGAGGCACCUGGUUCAAGACGAAACACGCGCGAUUAUGUAUCUUGUCGUCGAAGACUAGAAGCGGGAGGCGCAUUGAGAGGAUUAAAGAUCAAUGUUCGGCCGAAAUCAGAAAAGUCCGAUGGAUUUAUACCGUACUUACAGCUUGAUCUUCUAUCGGCUGAAAAGAGCCGUCUGGGAGAUGCCCCUCACGAAUUGCUGACGGCGGCAAGAAGUAAAGCAAAUCCGUACGAAAAGACGGGAAUUUCGAUAUUUAUGAAUCGAUCCGCUACCAAGCUCGCCCAUUUAGAUGCAUUAAAACGACUCUCAGAACUCAAAAACGAUGUACAGAGCGAUAGGGAAUUCAGAUUUGCUGACUUGUGCGGUGGUCCUGGUGGUUUCUCAGAGUAUUUACUGUGGAGAAGGCAUACAUCAAAUCAGCCUGUUCGUGGUUGGGGUAUAACGCUUGCAGGCGAACUUGAUUUCAACAUAGAGAGGUUUCAUCCCGACGCGCGUGCGAACGAAUCGUUGGAAAUAUUUCAUGGCGGUGACGGAACUGGUAAUAUAUGUAUUGAGCAGAAUAUAAGAGAAUUUGCUAAAGUAAUACUCGAGGCUGCGGAUGGCUCUGGUGUUGAUCUAGUCACCGCCGAUGGAGGUUUUCGUGUCGAGGGUAGGGAAGAAAUGCAGGAAGAAUUGACAAAACAACUACUUCUUUGUCAAACAUUGAUAAUGUUUAUGAUACUUCGAAGAAAUGGCGAUUUUGUAUUGAAAUUAUUUGACGCGUACACAGCGUUUACAACCGGUCUGAUAUGGAUCUUGUUUCGAUGUUUUGGCCGAAUAUCAAUAAUCAAACCGUUACCAAGCCGGCCUGCAAAUUCAGAGAGGUACCUGGUCUGUCAGGGUUUACAAGAAGAGAGACCAAAAGCGCUUAUCGAAUAUUUAUUCAGCGUAAAUAAACCGUUUUAUGAAAUUAAGCGUGAUGGAACAGAAAACGAGUUUGAUGUCAUGGAAAUUGUAGAUUUUGAUGAAAUAUCGUCUGACAAUGAAUUUAUGGAAUAUUUAAAUAACUCACACACGAGGUAG